AUGUCACAGCUCAGUCCGUCACCCCCUCGACGGCCCCAAGCGGGGCCGAUGCCGGGCAUGACACGCUCCACGUCGUACGUGCUCGUCUCGUCCUCCCUCCCCGAUCCACCCACGCCGCCGACGUACGACUCGCCCACGCCCCGCCGCCAUCCUCGCUACUACUACCUGCUCCCCGCCCUCGCCGCUCUCGACUGCGUGUCCACUUGCGUCCUCGCCUUCCUGCUGUGCCAGCAGCAAGCACCUAGCGGCGGCGGCGGCCCCGGCGGCGAUGUCCCUUCCUCACCCGGGACGGGCGGGGGCGGGGCAGGAGGCGGUACUGGCAGCCCCAAAGAUCCGGCAGCGCCCUACUGGGAUCGUCAGCGGCUCAUCCUGGCAGUGACUGCGGUGGCCAUCGCCCGUGGCUGCACCUUUGCCAUCGUCGGCUUCAGCAAGCGCAUCCGCGAGCUCGGCGUCAUCGUCGCGGCCAUCUGCAUCCUUUCGGCGCUCUACAACGUCUCGGUCGCCAACAUCCUCUUCCAGGCCAGAGGCAAGCCCGACAUUGUCAGUCCGCCAGUACCACGUCCGACGACCUCGCCCAACGCCACCUAUGCGCUCGCUCGACCCGACGGGCUCGCCGCAUUGACAGUCGUCGGGCAGCCGCAGUCCCGGCUUCUUACUUCGACCAUCGUAAUGAUCUCCACGGCCUCCGUGCAUCUAGCGCCCACGAUGGCCUUCCUGAUCAGCACGCAGAUGGCCUUCACCCUGGCCGAGUGGAUGCUCUACAUUGGCAUCGUCGGCGUCAGGGUACCUCCCGGCGGCAACCCCGUCAAGGCGAAGCGGUGGGCGCGCACGCUGGCGCGCGAUUCGCGGUACAGGGAUGGCGCCGAUGCGGCGAGCCUCUACGUGACCGACUCGGACAAUGACGGAGACGAGGAGCAAGAAGAGGACGAUGAUGAUGUCGAAGACGCUCAUGCAGAGUCUGAGACCGCUGCCCUGAGCCAGGACGAUGACAGGAGAAACGUCAGCCGUCGAGGAGCAUCCUCGGCCUCCGAGUCGAGGAGCCUGCACCAAGUGCCUCGCGACAACGAGGGUAGCAGACCAACCUCGCCGUUCCUGUCGCCGCAAGGACAGCAGAAGCCUACUUCACUCAAGGCGACCGCAGCAGACGAGCGCACCCUCCUACAGUCUCCUCAACGGGGCUACGGAGCCGCGGGUGCAAAGUCGACGACGCCGCAGCGGCAGCGCAAGCAGUCGCAGGAGCUCAUCGGGCGGGGCAGCAUGCGCGGCCAUCGAGUGACGACGCCGACGCCAAGGUCGCCGACAGUCCCCUUCCCCUCUGCGCGCGACUCACCUCGCACGGCUGAGCUCGGCCUGGUGGGCCGCCGCAUCGAAGACAUGGAUGGCUUCGAGGGCCGGCGCGGCGACGGCAACGACGACGAUGAUGACGACCUGGACCCCGACGACAUCAUCGACAUCUCGUCGGAUCGACGGCUGUCUCGCCACGCUUCCCGACGUCGGCUAGCCCUAGCGGCGCAUCCGGAACGGAGGGUGAGCGGCGGGGCUUUGAGCGGUCUGACGCUAGGGCUUGGGAGCUCUGGAAGUGGCGGUGCCGCUCACGCGCUCAGCAAGCCGCUAGGGAUUGCCCUCGGAAGCGGUGGUGGCGGUGGUGUGGGCCUGUUUGGGAGGCAGAAGGCCGAUGGCAGCAGCGCCGAUCCCAACUCUGCGGGCGCUACGCCGCGAAGCUGGACGGCGAUCAAGGGCAAGCCGUCGCGUCCUGGAGGAGCCGGUGGCGGGCCGCCUCGCUCAGCCUCGACCUCGGCGUCUCACACAGCGGACCUCGCUGCGGCAGACGCCGCGUCGUCGGAGGUGUCGCACAAGAAGCACCGGAAGCUGCCCGCCUGGCUCUCGAGGAGCAAGACGUCACCCGCAAAGGUUCCACGACAUGCCGACGAGGAGUAA